UAUGCAGUUCAAUCUUUCCUGGGAAAAGGACUUCAUGGCCGAGUCUUGCAGGGUCACAGGAGGUCCGAUCGCUUUCCAGUGGCCAUAAAAGUCAUUGUGGACAGUAAAUAUCGCAUAUGCUUGCCCAAUGAGAUGAAGUCUGUUCCCUGGGAGGUAGGCAUCAUGGCAUACCUCUGCAAACCUCCAACCUGUCCAUCCAUUAUUCAACUCCUUGACUGGUACGAGAUGGAGAAAUUGCUCAUUCUUGUGCUGGAGAUGCCCGCUCCUUGCCUGGACCUGGAAAAGCUGAUAAAGUUGAAUGGUAUUCUUACGGAACCAACAGCUAAGCAUCUUUUCAGGCAGCUUGCCCAGGCCCUGCACCACUGCGAAUCCAGAGGAGUUUUUCAUCGAGACGUAAAGCCUGACAACAUCCUAGUGCAGUUUGGCACAGAGACCCUUAAGCUCAUUGACUUUGGCUGCAGCAUUCUGCAUAAGGGGAACUCCUACAUCAAGUUUGAUGGUAUGCUGCCAUUUGCACCUCCGGAGCUGAUUUCUGAGAAGAGAUACCAGGCCUCUUCAUACACGGUCUGGUGUUACGGCUGCACUCUCUAUUACUGCCUGAGCAGACGGCUGGCUCCUGGAGUUAGUGGGGAUAAUCUCAACGGCAAACUACAUCUUGCUACUCGGUUUUCCAAAGAGCUGGAAGAUUUUCUUUGCCAGUGCUUAUCUCUUUCACCUGAGAAGAGGCCCACUCUGAAGGAGAUCCUCCGACACCCCUGGUUGCUCCGCAGUUAAGCAUUCAAAACACAAAUAAAUGGAAAGCCUGGGAUUCCAAAAGCCAGAACAGCCAGUGCAGGGGCUCUGAGGCCUAGUGAGCCGGCAUGGCAGACUGGCAUGGAGCCGACGGAACGGAUGUUGAAGUGAAGCUCUGAUCACGUAGGUCAAAGUCCAAACGACGCACGGCGAAACGGUGGACUAGAUGAAGAGCCUUGUAACCUGGAGGGGGAACUUUGAACACGAAGGAUUCACACAUGGCAUUUCUACAGGAGAAUAUAACAACAGCCGCCAUCACACAAGAGACAAGCUAGUCGAGUGAUGGUCUAGAAAGAGCAACUUCUCAACAGGACAGCGUGCUCUUUUGUCUGAACUGCACAGAAAUCGAAAUCCUGCAACGGUUUUUAAACAGUAGAUGUAGUCAAACACACGAGAUAUGGCUGAGAUGGGGGCGAGGAAUCAAAUAUCCAGUGUUUUAGAAGGAAUCAAAUCUACCGAGCCAUUUCUAAGCACUCCAAAGACUCCAAAUAGUUGGUUAAGUUCUCCUGCGGAAUAAAAAUCAACUUCUGUUUGACCAGCCUGGAAGUCUUCAACAAUGGAUGCAUUUAUGAAGAAACACGGUGGGUGAGUUAUGCCCGGUGACUAACUUUGGUCUCAUACAGGGUUGGUCACUGUGUUGCUGGGAUAGUCUCCCACUUCUGUGUGCCUUAAACUGAAUGAAAGUGGCUCAGAAGAUGGAAGAAUGGAUGACCCCACCUCAUUAAGAAUUCACUUACCGGCUUGACGGUGCAUCGUUUCUUCAUGCUAGUUUUUAUUGCGAUUGGUAUAAAGAAAGUGAACGGUGGCACUUGACAAAAAGGAGAUGGAGACAGCGUUGCCUACCUGUUCGGUUUGUGGCAGCAGACUGGGUGCGCGACCAUAUUUACUUAUUUUGUUUUGUUUGCCCUCACGUCUUUAUGUCAUAAAGAGUUUAUAUGUGUGUGGCGAGUGUUUGUCCCUGCCUUUCUCUUAAUGCUGCUGGGAUUGAAUUUAGAUGUCAGACUCCCUGGCUUAAAACUGAAAGGUCAGAAAAAUAAUGGAAGGAUAAACAGAAAGUCCUGCAGAUAUGUUUUAUUACUUACAA